CCACGCUCUAGUGAAAACCUUUCGGGGCGAGACAUCCUGACACUUCAAGUCACAUCUAUGUCACGUGAUCGCGUUAGAUCAUCCCAUCAGGUGACAGCAAGUUCUCCGCUGUCAAUUCCGAGUGUCAGAGUGAGCGAAGAGUGGUGACCGCCAGUGACACUAGCUCAAAUAGAGGCAAAUCCUUCGCCUUCAUGCAUCGAAGAAAGGGCAUUAGCCCAACUCUGCCCUCUCGCCAUUCGUCGUCGUCGUCCAUGUCCUCCGAAAAAGAGGUUUCGCGUUUAAAUCAACGCAGUCUCGGUGUCACCAAUCGUAUCUGGCUCAUACUGGCCCUCUUCGUAUUCUUGCUCACUUUCACUCAUUUCGUUCUCCCGACCACCCAUACCCCGACUUACGCAUUCUCGAGUCUUGGGCUCACGCCCAAAAACUACCUCAAUGCGUCCGAGGUUGGGCCAAACCCAUUUGACUUUUGUCCGAUCUACGGCCCAGGGGACGAAAUAGGUUCCAAGCACGGUGCAACUCCUCUUGGGAAAACCCGGCUGCAUUUGGGGAGUGGUGUCCGCAUCCAGCAUGUUUUGAACAGGGCGUUAGCUGGACAGCCUAUAACCAUUAGCAUCAUAGGGGGCUCUAUAUCCUCUUGCCAUGGUGCUGGUGAUGAUCCAAUUUCCCCGAAGUGCUAUCCCUCCCGGUUCUUCCAAUGGUGGAACUCUGUCUUCCCCCAUCCCGCCUCCGAACUCACUAACGGCGCUAUGCGUCGGACGAGCUCGGAAUAUUUCGCAUUCUGCAGCGCACACCAUAUUCCCGACCAUACAGAUCUCGUCAUAAUUGAGCUUGAUUCUGAUGACCGUGCAGACCAACAAGCACUUGAAGACUUCGAGGUUCUCGUGCGGUCUAUCCUCAUCCGUCCUGAUCUUCCCGCCGUCCUUAUCCUCGGUCAUUUCAGCCCCCAAAUCCACACCGCCUACGGAUUUGCUGGGCCGGACCAUUAUCACAACAUUGUCGCCCAAUUUUACGACGUUCCCCAUAUCAGUGCCAAAGCUCUCGUGUACCCAGAGUACAUGCAGGACCCUGACGCCGUUAUCUCGAAGUAUUACGUGGAUCCUGUUCUUGCAUCUCCCCGGGGACACGAACUCAUCGCCGACGCCCUCAUUUCGUAUCUCCAGUCGCAGAUUUGCACUGCGUGGGCUGUGGCAUCUGGGGCAGCAUAUGACGUGGUUCCAGCUCGCACAACAUUCGAUCAGCCAGCGGGAGACACGCAUGGACUCUUUGGUGGCGUUGGUCUGCGCAAGGGUGUUCCAGAAGAUGAAGCUGGGUCGGACGAUAGCGGCAAGUUAGCAGACCUACCUCCCACUUCUAACUUGUUCCAUCCUUCACUCCGCAUUCCUCGUGCUCGGAUCGCUACGCGACCAAACGAUGCUCGACCGUUCCAAGAACUGGCGCCUUUCUGCGUCUCGGCACACGAUUUGAUCAACCCGCUGCCUGUGUCUUUGUUCUAUGGCUCAGGCUGGCAUGCAUUCCAUCCUCCCGGUGGGACGGGCGCAUUGCAAAGCAACAAGGCACACUACUGGUACUCGACGCUCCCGACGAGCAAAAUGCGCGUUCCUGUCCAGGUCGGCGCUGGCGACAUCGGCAUAUACUAUAUCAAAGAGCCGAUUAACACUGUGGGAGAGGGAAGUGCCGUCGAAUGCUGGGUCGACGACAACUACGCUGGAGCCAGGACCGUCGAAAACGCAGCGGACGUUCCCGAGGCAACCGCCGCACUGUUCUAUAUCGAUCAUUUCGUAUCCCGAGGCUCCCAUUUCGUUGAGUGCCAGCUGAUGGGUGAAGAGGGUCAGAGUGUGCCUGCAUUCAAGAUUGUGGGCAUCUUCUCUUCUUGAUGUCUUCUGUUGCCAUGAGGAUGCUGCACCAAUGGGGCCUUAGACUAUUGUACGCUAUUACUUAUUCGAAAUAUGCAUUUGGAACAUUGUACCACUGGCCGCAAACCAAGACUCAUUAUAAAUCACAUACAAUGAUCCACAUACACUCAGUGGCUGUGCGAAGUGAUCGCAAACUUUCUUCAUGCCUCGACGACCCAAGAAAACGAUUGGCAAGCCUCGGCCUGUGAACCGGGACGAGAGCAAAAUCAAAAGAUGGGAGAAAGUCUCGGAUAUUCCUAUGGACGAGGAGGAUCAAUUCCAGGCUUCUCGAGAUAGAAUUCUAUUGGACGGAGACGAGGCGGUUGACGACAACGACGACGGCGACGAUGACGAAGUAUUUGCUUUAGACCUGGACGGCAGUGACGAUGACGAUGGCGAGGACAUGGAAGAUGAGCAGGACACAGUGGGCCAACACACCGCAUCUGCGAAACCGUCUCGCAAGGCAAAGACAAAGAAGGCGAAAGCUGAUACCGACUCAGAGGAAGAGGAGGAAGACGAGGAGGAGGAGACUUGGGGCCGAGGGCGUUCGGCGUACUACUCAUCGAACGCAGCUCAGAUAGACUCGGACGAUGAAGAGGCCAAUGAACUCGAGGAACAAGAGGCGAAACGGCUCCAAGAUAAAGCUAGAGACGAUAUGGAUGAUGGGGACUUCGGUUUGGGCGAUGUCUCCGAGCAUUUCGAUCUGGAUGAAUCCUCCGCUAUGGAUAUGGUCGCUGAAGCCGAGCCCUUACCUGAAGACCCUAAGGCUCUGCUUCGGCAUUUGGAGAAAACUUGCCCAGAGACGCUUGCUAUCGUGCGUGAUUGGGAGGACACGGCCGAGAACCUAGUCAAAGCGCGUCGAAAGAUCGCCGAGGCUGAGGCUGAUGACCCAGAUGCUCUUAGCUUGGGCAUGAUACACCUUCACUACCGAAACUCUGUUGGCCUAUGCAACUGCGCUGACUUUCUACAUCCAUAUCCGAUCCAGUCAGAAGUACCAACGCCGGCCUGAAGAGCUUCGAAAGCAUCCCGUCAUGGCACGGCUGCUCACACUCAAACAGUCAUUGAGCACGCUAGAAGAGCUCGAUUUCGCUGCCUCAGACUCUGAAAUCGAGUCCCUCGAGGACUCAGAUGAGGACACGUUCAUGGACGCGGAGCAGCUCUGGGCUAAUGACAAAUUACUCGGUCUCGAACAAGACGAGCUGCGCGACCUGCUUGAUGAUGCUGGCGAGCAAGAAUCAGAGUCCGAGCUGGAAGAACCAGUGAGACCCAAAAAGAAGAGGAAGACUGCUGCCAAGGGCCCGGCUGCUCCUGUAUUCGAUCUCGUUGAGCCUGAGUUCACGACAUCCGUCGGAACCCAGCGUCGCUCGGACUCGUCCGCAGGCGAUGCGUAUGGAGAAGCAACUGCUCUCCAGCACGCUGAUGCAGCUGACAAAUCUGCGCGGAAGAAGACUCUGCGCUUCCACACCUCGAAGAUUGAGAGCGCCAGUGCGAGACGGCAAGGCGCUCGAACCAAUGCUUUGGGAGGUGACGACGACAUACCCUACCGCGAGACAAGAAAGGCCAAGGCCGUGGUUCAGCGACCGCUCGGAGACGACCUGGACGAUGCCGAACCUCAGCCGAGGGCAGAGGAAAGAGCCGAGGCCGAAGAUGCGGACGGAUACUACGAUCUGGUCAAGCGGAAAGCGAAGCAGAAAAAAGAGCGUAAGAAAGAGGAAUAUGAAGCCGCAGUCGAGGCCGCUAGACCAGACUUCUCGGCCGAUGCCGUCGAAGGCCCUCGUUCACUCACCCGGGCCAUCCUCAAAAACAAGGGUCUCACCCCUCGACGAGCAAAGGCUUCCCGAAAUCCGCGUGUCAAAAAGCGCGAGCAAUACAGCAAGGCCAAAAGAAAGGUCGCAUCUCAGAAGGCUGUGUUCAAAGGCGGGCUGGCAGACACGGGCCGGUACGACGGAGAGAGGUCGGGUAUCUCCAAAGUGGUCAAGAGUGUGCGCUUGGGAGGCUGAGAUACAUGUAUGCGUAUAUACAAUCACCACUUUGGUCUCCGCGCCGCCUUUUUCGCGUUCAACGUGUUCCGACCUUUCGCGCCGCGGACGGUCUGCAGAUCCUCAAACUUGCGCUUGGCGUAUCGUUUCGCUUCGGCAUCAUCAACCAAUUCGUCCACCAGGGUUCGCUUUCUCUCCGCGCGAGUGAGGUUGUCCGAAGAUUGGGUCCCAAAUGGCGUAGAAGUGGAAACAACGGUGCCGAUCUGAGAUUUUGGAUGAGAAAUUGCCGCAGGUGUCGAACGAACGCACCGCAAAGAACUCCGGAAGACCCUUGAUUCCCUUGCUUUCUCCUUCCUCCUUUCUGUAGAAUCGCUUUGGAUCAAGCUGAUUUCGCAGGCGCAGUGCCUCGACUUCGCGAUAGAGUCGCGGGAGGUCUGCUUCCGCCGGGGCUGGCAGGUCGAACCAAUCAGGUCCGGCUGUUUUAUUGCGGAGCUAGACACAAUCAAAAGAGAACCCAGUAUAUCGGAUCGUUCGAGCGCACCUGCUUUCGCUCGCGUUUAGCACCGAAAACGAAGAUACGGCCCGCUCAGCAGCUUCAGCAUCUGGAUCUCGGAGCACGGCUACGUCGGUUUUCUUCUUCCCCAGUUGAAAAUAGGGAGUCGGCAAGUCUUUCGGUCUCAGCGGAGUGCUAGAAAUUGUCAUAUCUCCCGCACGCACUGGCGAAUGAUCAUACCGACAGUAGCGCUUGUUUCUCAGCGCGGGCUUUCUCGCGAGCUUUGUUCAGCAACGAGAGCAAAUAUUCGUCGGAAACAUCUUCAGUGUUGCUGGCAGCUGGAUUCACCAUUAGAGAAGGCAAAUCUCUUGGUGGGAAAGAGGUACAUGGAGCGCGUUCUUUCCCUUUGCCCUUGUCGUUUCCGUCAGACAUCGAGUUUAGAAUGAUAACACGGUAGCAGAUGUUAAGUCAAUCUUUUUGAGUUCGACAUUGAUGAGAUCAAUCGAGACUGAUGACACCAUUUGACUCCUAACUGUCAUGAACGACUGUAGUUGCUCAUAUCUCAGGACAGAGCAAUGAUGUCCUUCAUUACACAUCGAGGACAAACCGAAAAGUAGACAAUGUAUCUUGCCUACCGCCCCUGAUGGCGAAAACAACCUCGUCGAAUGAACCUGCGAACUCAGAUGCCCUGCCCUCUCUUCCGAGCAGUGCCCUUCGAAAGAGCAGUGCCACCUCAUUUGGUGGGUUCCCAAACGCCCCACAGCCGAACGCACCGAGAACGAGACGUCUGCAUCCUUGAGAGGCAGCAGCUCGGAAAAUGCACUUGACUUUCUCUCGCAUGAGGUCGCGCUGCUGGUCCACUGCAUAGGACAGGCCGUUGUCGUCCACAUCCGGUCCGCGCACUGCAGCGCACGAGAUGACAUCGACAAACCACCACUGAGAGGGUGGGUUGACUUCCGCGCCUGGUGCCGUGGAUUCGCCGCCGGGAGGGUAUGUACCCCGGAACACGCAGAUAUCUUGCGUAUAGAUGCAACCAACAUCUGGAAGGCGGUAGAAGUCGUCUCUCAGCGCCGGAUACAGUGUGGUCCGCAUGCAAAGGCUUUCUUCUUGGGAGUUCGCCCCGGACAGAAAUCCACCGCCAGGUCGAAGCUCGGAAGCCAUCGAGAGUAUCGCGACCUUGCCGUUGCCAUCUGUGGCUAGAGGGAAAGCUGCUUGUAGAGUAUCCGCCUCGAUCACAGAGAUGAGGGGCAGAGCUGCGCCGGGUGAGUCGCUUGGUGAGGCUUUGAGGUCGCGAAGGAGCUUCGAAGAGCUGAUGCCAGCUCUAGCGCGAGCCGAUGCCUUCAGGACCACGGGUAUGUGCUGGUUUUUUGUCUUGCGUGCAAGCGCGCCACGUUCGGACCGCGACAACACCAUCAGUAGCGUUCCGAAGCUUGAGUUGGAAUCUCUUGGAGUGGGCGCAAGGUGCUGGCGUGGGGCGAUGUGUCAGCCUGACAAUAUCAUAACGAUAACAGUGUGAAGGAAACCAUUCAGCGGCGCAAGUCAAUAGACGCAAAUAGAUCUAGCAGUGAUGCAUUGAGGAUGAGAUAAAUGUAUGCUACAUGGAGGAUAUUGCUACAAUCGGAUCAAGGGGUGCUUGAGUUGCUAGAAAGAUGAGCUUCGGGUGGUAUCCUGUACAUCGACCGUUCUCGCGACGACCAUUCGAAUAUGGGCAGCGGGUGAGCUUCGGUAUUGAAGACCCAUUGGCUCAGAGGCACGAUGUCUUGACCAACAAACAUGAGAUAUAAGUAUUUGAGCGUUUCCGCAAGGAAGAAGCUAAGCUGGUCAGCGAUAGGACAAGGAGAGCCAAA